ACAGGCUUCUCUUUGCCGGAGCUUUACUCUCGCCAGUCCCGCUGACCCUGAGAUGGACGUCAGGUUCUAUCCGGCUCCCCCAUCCAGCGUGGGUGCGUUAACGCCUGACUCCACUUUGGACUAUUAUCACUCCAACAAGAGCAGAUACGGUGGUACAGAUCGAGGUGUGAGGCUCUACAGUUCUCUGCCCAUGCGCCCCAACCCCGACGGCAAGAGACUGCCAUCUUCUGGGUUUGAUGGUGACAACAUGUACAUGAAUGACAACAACCAUGACUUCCUUCCACCCAACCAGAGCUACACAGGUCAGACUGGUGGCAGUGGUGCUGGCAGCGGUGGAGGAGGAGGAGGAGGCGGCGGCGGCGGUGGUGGUAGCGGCGGCACGGCCAGUGGUAACGGAGCCGGGGAUGAAGACUACGAGAUCCCCCCUAUCACCCCGCCCAACCACCCGGAGCCUCCUCUUCUUCACCUGAUGGAACAUGACUCUGCGGGCUACCUGUGCCACUCGCUGUCGCACAACGGCCUCAUCAACCCGUAUUCCUAUCCGGAGCUGCCCACGCUCAUGAUGUCCAACAUGCUGGCACAGGACGGACCACUGGUCUCCAGCCAGAUGCAGUCGAUGCACGAGAUGGCUUUGCACCACCAUCACCAACAACAACAACAACAACAGCAACACCACCACCAGCACCCAGACGCCGUUUGUUACGACCACGCUCGUCACCACCACGCCCUGCUUAACAGCUCACCUCCGAUACUGCCCAACCCCAUGAGCGCGCUGUCCCAGCUUAACCCUCAGUUCAGCCGGAGCGCACUGCCUCGCGGUUCUCCUUCGCCUCCCGGGAGUAAAUCGGCCACUCCUUCCCCUUCCAGCUCCAAUCAGGAAGAGGAGACUGAUCCUCAUUUGAAGAUCACAGGCGAGAAACGACCAUCUUCCGAGAUGAUGAAGCCCAAGCCCAAGCCCCAGAAGAAGAAGAAGAAGAAGGAUCCCAACGAGCCCACGAAGCCUGUGUCAGCGUACGCACUGUUCUUCAGAGACACCCAGGCGGCCAUCAAAGGACAGAAUCCAAACGCCACAUUUGGGGACGUAUCAAAGAUAGUUGCUUCCAUGUGGGACGGACUGGGAGAGGAGCAGAAGCAGAGCUACAAGAGGAAAACAGAGGCGGCUAAGAAAGAGUACCUGAAAGCAUUGGCUGCCUACAGAGCCAGUCUGGUUUCCAAGACAUACAAUGACCCCACGGAGCCAAAAAGUGCCCAAACAAGCCAGGCUUCCCCACACAUGAUGCCAACCAACCCCUCCCUGUACAGCGUGCCACCCCCUCCCCAGCCAUCGUCCCCCUACCUGGGUCCUGGCGCCUUCCCCCUCGCCGAUCUCCAGAGCUAUGCGGGCCACGCCCCUCGCCACGCCCUCUCGCAGACGCUCAGCCAAUCGCAGAUGCUGCCCAGCAUUAGUGCCUCUCCCCCUUCCUCCUUCCAGAUCAGCCCGCCCCUUCACCCCCACCAGCAGCUAUCCCUGCAUCAGAGCUCGCUCCUCAACCAGCCCAUCCGCAUGCAGCAGGUCCAGUCCCAGCCAAUCAUCUCUCACCAGAUGGGGCUGCAGGCCUCCCUUCACUCCCCACCCCCUCCAGGCCAGCAGGCAUAUUCCCACCUGCAGUCAGAGUAUCAGAAGAGCAUCGGUGGGUCGCAGUCUCCAGGAGCACCCGGUCCUGGUCCUGGACCGGGCCAUGACUGGGACAGUGAAUACUGCAAUAGGGAGUGUGGCAACCACUGCAGUGGCAGCAUGAUAGGCAGGGACAAGCCCCUCUACCUCACCUGAGCCUCAUCAAACAUCAAAGCGGCGACCAAGCGAGGAGUCCACUCUCACCCUCUCCGUGACCCCGCCCCACCACCCCAUCCACCCCCCCACCCCCCAAGCUUGCAUACGUGUAUAUACGUUACAUACUUUGUUUAGUAACCAUCAUGUUCUCUUCUCGCGACGGGGACUUUUGGGACGAGAGCGACUUUUUUCCCGUAUUAGCCUGUGGUUUCAAGUCGCCUGAUGCACUUAGGAAGCCCCACCCCCUCCAGACAGGCCCCUCCCCUCUGGUAGCUGGGCUGCAGAGCACUCCACUUUUGUGUCCCCUCAGGGACCCCAUCCAGCUUUAAUUAGAGUGCACAGGAAAACAUACUUUUAUUGUUGUUGUUACUCUUUUAUUUAUUUCUGCUUUGCAAAGUUGCCCCUCGUACUGGAGAGAGCUCUUUACUUCUACUAGGUUGUCCUUUGUUUUGUUUUUUUUUGCUUAAGGGUCUGCAAAAAGUGACACACAAAGCAGCAGGGGAAUCAAAACAAAAUAAUCUCUUCUUUUUUUUUAAUUUUAAAUAUUAAAAGACCCAUGGAGGUCGAGCGAGCUGUCACAGUGUGAUUGUAAAUACAACUUUUAUGGGAUCAAUUCAAAGGAAGUCCACAUAGAGUUUGUUCUUCUGCAAAACUACAGCGUAAGUCAUUGAGUGUGUGUGUGUGUGUGCGUGUGCGCGGACGUUAGAAUGUUCAUGACGUGUGAGAUUGAUUGAAGGUUUUGGCACUCUCGUUCUUGCAUUACAUUUGUGCUCACAGUGUGUGCGUGUGUGCGUGUGUUUGCGUUUUUUUUAAACAUGUGUAUUACAUUAAGUCAAUGGAAAGACAUAAUAGACGGGGGCAAGAUAUAUUUAAAAAAAAAAUAAUGCAUUGCUUCAAAUAACCCCCCAUUUUUCCCCUAUCAUAAAAACAAUUCUGCCUCCUGGACAUGCAGAAUGGAAGUAUAAUAACAUGCCCACAUUACAGUGAUUUAUUAUUAUUAUUAUUAUUAUUAUUUCUUUCCACUUGUUGCUCUUGUUUUUCUUUUUAUUCUUUUGCUGUUUUUAUUUCCUGACUGUAGCAUAAUUUUUUUUCGUCGUGUAUAAAAAACUGAAAAUAAAAACAACAAAAAAUUGCCAAUUGUAGUUUAUUGUAUUAUUUGUAAAGCCAGUCAUGAUAAAUAUUUUUAAUGGAUGUCUCUUUUUUUUUUUUUUUUUUUUGUUGCUAGUUGCCCAUCAGCCAAUUGAAAUGUAUUUUUUGUGUUUAGAAUGGAGGUUUUAUUUUAUAUUAUUGACAUUUUUCUGUCCCCACGUUCGGUAUGAUACAAGUGAGACGGUCUUAAAAAGUCGUGUCCUUAUUUAUUCAAAUAAGAUUGCAUUUUUUUUUUUAAUUUUAUUAUAUAUUUGACUUUUCGUCCCUUCACAUUUGGUUAAAUAAAGUGAGACAUUUUCUUUUAUUCGUAAACAAACACAUCAUUUUUUUUUCUCACUACAGUGAAGGUGUUUUUUUUUAUUUUAUUACAUUUCAUUUGGUGAAAAAAUAAGACAGGCCACAACUUACAUCUCUUUUUCUGUCGUUUUAUUUUAAUUUCUGACAAACAACAUGACUAUUCUUCUUAUUUCAAUGGAGGUGUUAUUUUACUUUAGUUUUGCUCCCCCACUUUAGGUAUAAUGCAAUGACAGACGCGACAAUGUUUAUAUUUCUUUUGUCAAAUGUAGCUGCUGCUCCCUUCUUUUCAUUUGCCAGCAGCAUCUUUUUGUGUCUCAAUGCUUCUUUUUAUUUCCAAACCUGCAUUACGAUGAUGAUAAUAAUGAUAAUAAAAAAAUGUUUAAAAGUGA